AUGCUCCGACACCGCCGUACGCAUGGGGAGGCUGUUGUGGCAGCGCUCGAGCAGCAGGAGAAGGAGCAAGCCGCAGCGCGCCCACCUCCGCCCGCCGUCUUCAACCCUCCCAUCGUGAACCAGCAGGUCGGCGAGGGCAGCUCGGGGCCAAUGAAUGUGCAGUGGAUGGUACCCAACCGGGCGACGAGGCCGUACAGACAUUACCCGGAUAUCCCGCGCACGACAGAGGACAUGGCGGUACCGAUGGCGGCGCCAACCACGUAUAGCUCCGGAGCCAUGCCCACUUCAACGACAUGGCAAUCAACAACGCCUUCGGACCCGGCGCAGAACCCGUCCUACAAUGGAGUUCAGGCUACUAAAGAGGGUCAAUAUCGUCAACAAUGA